AUGUUGAAGGAGGAGGAUAUGUGGGAUAAUAGUGAGGAGAGAAUAAAAAAGUACAAAGCUCUUGAGAAUCAAAGAAAAAACCUUAUGAAGACGAAGGAGGUUAUGUGGAGACAAAGAAGUAGAGCAUUGUGGCUUCAAGAUGGUGAUAAAAACACAACAAAAAAAAUUCACGGCAAGGAGGAUCAAAGAAGACGUACCAAUAAAAUUAGUAAGCUUAGAGAUGAUGAAGGUCGUUGGUGGAUAGAGGCUGUGAAUACUCGAACCAUCCAUGGGAUUCAGAUUGCUAGAAAAGCUCCUUGUAUUUCUCAUUUGUUCUUUGAUGAUGAUUGUAUUUUGUUCUCAAGAGCGAGUGUAUCGGAAGCAUACAUGAUUCUUGAGAUCCUUGCCAAAUACUAA